UUUAAUCCUUCGAACAAAUAUCGAAAUUUUCUUGAGAAAAUACCCAAUAAUACAUGAUCAUUUUACUAUAAAAUAAUUAUGGUUAAAAUUCAUUUUAAUACAACUGGACCUGAUUCUGACCAAGUAACUAACGGUAAAAAUGUGGAAGGUGAUGGGGGACCAUUGAAAGUGUCUGCGAAUUCAGCAAGGAAAGCGAGGAAUCAUUCGCAACGUGUUGUUUCAAUGUUUUAUUGCUUCCUAUUAUUUGCUAUGGGUUUAUCUAUUACACUUUACAAUACUGGAGAAAAAGAAGCGGAGACUGAAAAUUCUUUUGUUUCAUUCUAUACCAUAAUGUUUAUCAGUUCUAUCAUUGCUAUGAUUUUUACACUUGGUUACGUGUAUCGACAUCGCCAUGCUAGUUUGGAGGCAAUUGAAAAAGGCGAAUUAUCAGCUCCGAGAAUAGCCUUCUCAUUUCGUGGCGAAGAUGUAAACUUGUACCUGCGUUUUGGAAUUGGAUUGUUUGCUGCCAUGUCUAUCGUGCACUCAGCUACAAGAUGCUAUGAAAUUGCGAAGAAAUAUCCAUUACAUGCAGCCUCUAGUAUUUACAUAUUUUUCAAAAUCCUGUUUUUUACCACUCAGACUGUAUUUUUGCUUCUUUUACAUCGUAUUGUAAUUCUAGUGAGAAUACGCAUCUUCAGUUUUAUACUACUACACAUCCUAACGGUGAAUCUGUGCAUAUGGUCGGAUGCUGUCAUUAAAAAAAUUUCUAAAAGUAUCGGAACUUUAGCAGUUUUAAAUGUAACUGUUGUACAUAAAAAGUAUGAAUUAGCCGCAACAAACUAUUUUCUUCCAGCAGUACCAGAGUACUGUGCAAUUGCUGUAGCUGUAGUUUACGAAUUGUUACAUCGUGUUGGGCAGUUAAAACAAAUUGAAUGUCAACAUGAAAAAAAAGAAAAACAUCGUACGAAACGUGUUGAUCGUGGUUCGAUUGGCAUUAUUUUGGGAACAAUUAUAAUUUGUAUUGUUAUGGGCGUUGUAAUGUUAUUAGAGAUCUGGGGAAAAAAAUUUCAUGAUUACAUAUAUAUUGCUCAUUCAACUGAAACAAGCAUACUUUUUAUUAUUGCAUUAAUAUUUUGUGUUAGCGGUAUAUGGAGUACAAGGAAAUUGAAAUUCUCCGUAAAUUUUUCAAACCAAAAUUUAGAUAGUAAAUUACUGAUAGUUACAUUUUUUAUAACUGUCACAUUCUUGGUGGCAUGUAUACUGCUCAAUAUUGCAUUUUUAUUGGGUAACGGUUUCAAUCAUCAUGAACAACAGUGCCUUAAAUUACACUUAUUCUCAGCUUUUUUGGAAUUAAUACAAGUUACAGUGCAGAAUUUCUUCAUUAAUGACUUAUUCUAUCGAUGUUGUCAUGAUACAUCAUAUCAACAGCGAAAACCAGGUCGCGCAAUGAUUGCAUUGUUAUCAGCCAUAAAUUUUUCAUUAUGGAUGAUUUAUAGUUUUCAGGCAAAGCACAACAAUAUAUUGCUCAGUGUAAAAAAAUAUUUUGUGCAAACAAGUGAACUUCAAAGUUUAUUUAUCUACAUAAAUGUAGCCCUACCAAUGGUUAUGUUAUAUCGUUAUCACAGUAGUGUAUGCCUAGCAAUUGAAUACAUUCGUGUAUAUGAAGACGAAAUUACACGAUAUGAAAGUAUGUUGCGUGGAGUGCCACAUACUAAAUUGCUACCAUUCGGUUCUAAGUGGGAGAUCACUGAAUCACAGCACUCAAAUUACCUUUCACCAGCUAAUUCAUUGACAUUACCUAGGCAUAGGGCUUUAUCAGAACCUGUAGUAAAAUUGAAUUCAAGUACUUAUUUAAAAGAAAUGCAUACCCUAGAUAAAAACAACGCUAAAAGUAGUAGCAAUCAUGAGAUUCUUUCAAAUUUAAGUGAAAAAGAAGACAAACAACAAAUUAUGAAACCAGAUAAAUUGGAACAAUCAAAAUCACAAAAGUAUGCUCAAAAUAAACGACGUACAACACAUAUCAGUAUGGAAUUAGCACAAUAUCGUGUAAAUGCUAGUGAAAUGGAACAUCGUUUAGCUGAAAUGAAAUUGAAAAAAUAUAAGCGUGGUAAAGAUGAUCAUUCAACAAAUGAAAAAUUAACACUCGGUAGAUUUAAUCUACACAAAGAAGCAGAGCCGACAAUGUCAACUUCAUUAUCUGACAGUGCAUUAUCUACAGUACGCACAACGGAUACCAUUAAUGAGGAUGAUGAAGAUGAUGCUACUGGUGGCAUUGAAUGUGAAGAUUAUGACAGACAGAAUUCAUCACCUGAAUCAUGUUAUUGUACUAAGACAGGGGAUAGUAGUUCAGCCAUAUAUCUUACACAAAGUCAAUUAUAAUCAUGAAAUAAAACACAACUUUUGCAGCAAAAUUUAAAAAACACUCAAAAAUAAUUCCAUACCUAAACGAGUACAUAUUUCUCGAAAUUACUUUGAGCUUGUUCAUUUAAAAAUAUAAAAUAAUUCUCUGUGAUAAUUUAAUAAUUAGCAGUAAGAAGGUAAAAAAUGAUUUCCUU